UUUUCAUUUUGUUUGACAGCGGACAGCUAACUGCUUUCCGAACGAUAGUUACUGAACACCUCCCAUGUAUUCUAAAUUUGUAUGAAAUUCUUAUAGAAAUAUUUAAUUCUAGGCGAAAAAUCAUGAUUUUGUUAGAAAUAAACAAUAGGCUAGUCGAAGAAACGCUUACAGUGAAAAUUAAAAAUGCUCAGGCUGGACUAAAAAAUGAAUCAAUUGAUGUCACUGUAGCUGAUUUUGAUGGAGUACUAUAUCAUAUAUCAAAUCCUAAUGGUGAUAAGUCAAAAAUAAGGGUGAGCAUUGCUCUUAAAUUUUACAAAGACUUACAAGAACAUGGUGCCGAUGAAUUAUUAAAAAAGGAGUAUGGUUCUCUAUUGACAACACCUGAAGAUAACUUCAAUGUAACUCUUCUAAUAAAUCUUGAAGAUAUACCGGAGAAUUGGCAAGAAGUUGUGAAAAAAAUUGGUUUAUUGAAAAGAAAUUGUUUUGCAUCAGUGUUCGAAAAGUAUUUUGAUUUUCAAGAGAAAGGAGAAGAGGGUCAUAAAAGAGCUGUUAUCAACUAUAGAGAUGAUGAGACCUUAUAUGUAGAGGCAAAAGCUGAUCGUGUAACUGUUGUUUUCUCUACAAGAUUUCGAGAUGAGAAUGAUGUUGUUAUCGGAAAGGUUUUUAUGCAAGAACUAAAGGAAGGUUUGAGAGCUUCACAGACAGCUCCCCCUGUGUUAUUUAGUCAUAGGGAACCACCUAGGGAGCUUCAGAAUACUAAUGCAGUAGUAGAUAAUAACGUUGGCUAUGUUACAUUUAUUUUGUUUCCCAGACAUACAGCCCGCAAUACUCGUGAUAACACUAUAAACUUGAUACAUAUGUUUCGUCACUACCUCCAUUAUCACAUCAAGUGUUCAAAGGCCUAUAUUCAUAGCAGGAUGAGGGCUAAAACAUCAGAGUUCCUGAAGGUAUUAAACCGAGCUAGGCCAGAGAGUAGGUCAACAGAUAAGAAAACUAUUACGGGAAGGACUUUCAUCAGAAGAGAUUGAUGUGAAUGUUCUAAACAGUACUAAAAUUAAUCGGACUCAAGAGUUUACUGCCAAAAUUAUUUCUUAACAACUAACGUACUACACUGUUUCAUUCGAUGUAUCUAAUCAUUAGUUUUAUUAUGCACAUUUUCACUCAGUCAUUGCAAUAUUUAUUUUAUUCAAACAUUAUUAUUGUAAGUAGCAUUUUUCACAAAUAACUGAGCAUUUCAUGAUACUCGGUGAUAAGAUAAUUAUGGCCCAACUCAUUUUAUUUGCGAGUUAAAAAUUCCUACUCAAAUGUUCAUAUAUUUUGAAAUUUCAUAACCUCUCUCGAUACUUCGAUCACACUUUGGUCUACUGAAUGAAAUAGUUUAGUAUCAGAUACCAGUGAAAAUUUUGGGUCUAUCAACUUUUGUUGGCACUGCAUAAUAGAUAAUUGAAAGUAAUUUUAAUUAUCCUCUGGGAUAUGUAUAUAUAGAUAUAACUGAUAAAUCUUUUUAAUUGUGCUUCCUUACAAAAUAUGGGUGAGCACCUGUAUAUUGAAAUUAUGCAGAUAUUUUUAAAUCAGGCUUUUCUAGUAAUGAAAUAUCUUUUGUUAAAAAUAUUGUAUCUGUAUCAAUUUUUGUAAAUUUUCAAAAUCGCUUUUUAUACAUUUCAAUUUCUAUGUUGAUGUUGGGUUUAUUUUGCUAUGAAACGAAGAGUUCAGAUAAUUCAGUUUGAGAAGAUUGUGAUACACUUUCUUUAAUAGUAUACUUCUAUCGGAAUUACUUAGUUUUCAAUGUGAAUGAAAAAAAAGUUGCUGUAAAAUAUUCAAUUAAUAUGAUGUUUUCCAAAACGUUGAUUUCUUUCAAUCACUUGUGAAAUUGUAAAUGAAUUGAAAGAGUCAAUAUUGUAUAUUGUGGUACCUUAUGUCUUCUUAAACACAUCUUAACCGAUUGCAGAGGUUUCCAUUAAGUAUUGAACGUUAUUAGCAGAUAUGCUGUUCAUCAAUUAUAGAAAUAAAAUAUGUUAUUUUAAA